UGACAACUGAUUGGCUCUAACAUGUCUUAUUUCUGUACGCUGCUCAAAGUUUUUGAUCUAAGCUGCCUUGAGAUCACUGAAUUAAGUAGUUCUUUAUAUACAACAUGAUUUGAUCUUCUUGAAUCCUACAGUCACAAGACCCUCAGUCAUUUGACAUGCCAUCCUCUACCCUGCGUGUCUUUCAUUAACAAAUAUAUUCUCUAAUCAAAUUUGUGCUGCUGCUCAACUUUUGCCAGCAAAAGCCUUCACCUUAACCAUCGUAACCUUAAGAUAAGGAAAUCCUCUUGUUGCAUACUGAAAUUCAAGCCAGCUGUUUUGAAGAUGUGUAGUUUGGAGUAAGAUUGUAACUUGUGUCUUCCUUUAUGUGGGAUUGGCUGGCAUUGAAGCACUUCAGUUGGAAAUGACAAUGUAACAUAACAGCAUCUGACAUUAAACCUAAGUUGGAUCUAUAUUUAUAUACAAUAAAUGGUGAAUGGAACUGAAUGAAUGCAUGUAUAACAAACUAUAUGGCGUAAACUAAAUCAAGUAGUUAAUUAUCAUUUUGAAAGUAUGUACAAAAUGUUGAAUUGGUCACUCAAGUGACCAAUUCAAAACUGGUUUGUGUAAGAAUUUUAAAACAUUAAAAAGUGUAAAACAUUAGACUGUCCAUUUUUAAAUGAUAUUAGACAACGUCUUUAUCCAGAAAAUAUAUUAAUGGACAUUUUUAAGGUUCCUCCUGGAAUCAUUUUAGAAUUAUCAUACAUUAAAUUGAAAGAUUCUAUAUGAUUGUUAAUAUUACUAUUGUUAUUAUGUAUGUUUUUGUUUUGAUUGUUUUUUGUAAACAAUGAACUGAAAUGAUAUUGUAAUAUUUAUAUAAAAAAAAAAAAAAAAAUUAAAUACUGUUGAUUUUGCCAUGAUGAAUAUAGCCUGCUGAUAUGGCAUUAAAUCAUAAAUAAAUCUGCCUGCAUGUUUAUAUAAAAGGGCAUUCAGAGACCUCUGCCAAUGAUAUUUUGACCUCAGAGCUGUAUCAACAAACUGCUGAAGACUGAAUUGAAUUAUGUUCUAGGGUGGAGAUGCAUUUUUGAUGUUUAAAGGGCAGGGUUAGAGGAAAAGAUAAAUAAUCUACUGCUUACAUCUGAGUUGAGGAUCAGAUCACUGAUGAUACAGAUCGGAUAAUGUACAAACUGGACCAUUCUGACCUUUAAAAGAAUACGCUGAUUAAUCAUUGUAGACUAAAAAAAUAUAAAUAUGUCUCAACUUUUUAGAUACAUUCUCUUCUUUUGUCUUCUCCCAUCUGUGGUUCCUCUGUUCUGUUAUACAUGUGUAUUUCCUUCCAUCUCACCACUGGACUGUCUCAAGUUCCCCACCAGGUGUCCACCGGGUCAGCUCUGUCUUUCUAGCAAAGCUGUAGGAGAGCGAGGGGAUUUUAAGAUCAUCUUGUAUGAAAAGAGCUGUGUUAUUCCUGCUCUGUGUGGAAUAACAGGAGAAAAGUAUGCCAUGGGUUUAAACUUUACCUUCACCAACGACUGCUGUGAUACUCUGCUCUGCAACGGCAUCUCAACCAGUUCUGCUUACAUAUGGUCCAGCACCCUGCUCUCACUUCUUUUGGCAUUGCUUUAUUCACAAUAAGCUUAACUAAUGGACUCUAUUACGAAAAAAUCAGACACAAUGUAGGCUAACACCACCACCACCACUAACAACAGCAAACUUUUGGGGAUAUCUUGAAUAAUUAUAAGUUAUGUUCAAAAAUAAAGAAAUUCAUAGAACCUUGUAUCUAUUUUUACAACAAUCCUAACAAGAAGCCUUUAAUGUUUCUAUCAGCAUUGCCUCGUAGAGAUGUAAGCAUUUCACUCAUGGAUAAAUUCAAAUAAAAAAACUUUUU